AGAGUAAUCUCAUCUCCAAAUAUAAUGAUACUUUCUUUGGGAUUCUAAAAAAAUACCGACGUGCUUUGGAAAUUCAUCGUACAAAGCUGAAAGUCAAAAGGCGUAUCGAAGGCCCAAGUUUUACCGAAAAUCGAAGUCCUAUCGAAUGUUCUACCGAAAAUCGAAGUCCUAUCGAAUGUUCUACCGAAAAUCCGAAGCUUUAUCGAAGUAAAACUAAAGAAAUUAG